AUGCAAAAUUUUAAAGAAUUUUUUAAGUUCAGCCCGAAAAAUACCAAUUCUCGCCCAAAUGAACAAAAUGAAAGUAAUGAGAUAUACGGAGGAGACUUCGUCGAAAGAUACGAAUCUAAGGAAGAAUGCCUGGACCUUAAUACACCUUCUACAGAAAAUGCAACGUCGAUUUCUACGCAUAAUAAAGACCUCAAUGAUAAUGUAAACGAAUCAAAAAAGCAAAUAGAUCAACAUAAAAAUAAUGCAAUGUUAAAGGAAAAUUCAAUUUUACCAAAGAAUAUGUAUGAUCAAACUUUCCUGAAGAGCUAUCUAGAUUUAAAAGAAGAGUUAAAGUCAUCUCGCGAACAACUACAAAACCAUAAACGAAAACUCGAAACAAAAGAUGACGAAAUAUCAAAUUUUA